UUCCGUUGUACUAGUAUGGUACCGGUACCAGUACGGUACGCCCACAAAUUGCCAAAAUACAAACCCAAGAACACUUGAAAGCAGUGCCUUCAAAUCCUUUUAUUAAGCAUACAACAGCCCAACAACCCUACGCCACAAUGAGUUUGAUGUUUGCCUUGAACCAGACCAAGCAGAAGAAGGCAGUUGAGAAGCGGGUCAAGAAAGAUCACGACGAACAGUGGAACUACAAGGCCAAAGGACCCGAUGGACUCGAGGCUUAUCGCUUCGAGCAAACCGAGCGUGAUCAGAAGCAAAAGGAGACUGCCCGCGAAACCAAAAAGAACUUGAAAGAUAUUCAGGCCAAGGGUCCCGAUGGGCUUGAAGCGUAUCGCUUCGAACAAACCGAGCGCGAUCAAAAGCAAAAGGAGACUGCCCGUGAAACCAAGAAGAACUUGAAGGAUAUCCAGGCCAAGGGCCCUGACGGACUGGAACAGUACAGGUUCAAUCAGACUGAACGUGACCAGAAACAGAAGCAAACUGCCAGGGACCAGCUCAAUGAAAACCACAACUUUGACUUGGCCCGGUCUUUGUUCGGUGGCGAACACGUAUCCCAGGAACUGACUGCCGAAGAGUAGAGUCCUCGAAGGUGGCAAUCUCUGUUCUUGAACCUUCUCAUGAGCUUCAGUUCUCUCAAAGCAAAAUACAUCAGUAUGCAUAUCAACACGGUGAUAAAAAAGGUAACUCUAGCAAAGUCCUCAGCGUCGUCAAUGAAACGAUUGAGAUUCAAAAGCGUUUUGACUAGUGCACUAAUGGCUAGCUAGUUUAUUAACACAAAAAAAGUUACAUGGACU